UACAAAUCCACAAAUAACUACAACACCGGUAAGGGUUAGUGCAGUCAAUUGGUUGCGUCAUCACCUACUGGAACCGUACCGAGAUCAUAAGAAGCAAGUGCAAAACAAUCAAUGGGUUUAUACAAUCACAUGACAAAGGUAUUGGAUAUUGGACUCAAACUGGAUAUUUGACAUUCAGGCGGCUAUUUGUGGAGAACUAAUGACCUUGUUUAUCCGGAGAUGUGUUUUCAAUCUUUCUCCCCUAGUUGAGGUUUCAGCUGCACAGCUGCAUUUGGGACACUACAAUUCAAAAUAUAAACUAGUUGUUGAUCCUCAUAAAGAGGAUACUAUUAAAAGUGGUUUUGAGAAUGUGACGAGAUGGCUUAUAGUAGCAGAUAUAUUGAGAGGUCUACGGUUAACCCUUGGUAUGGUGUUUAAGGAGCCUGCAACUUUAAACUACCCUUUCGAGAAGGGUCCUCUCAGUCCAAGAUUUCGUGGCGAGCAUGCUUUACGUAGGUACCCUAGUGGUGAAGAACGGUGUAUCGCUUGCAAACUUUGCGAAGCUAUAUGUCCAGCUCAAGCAAUCACUAUUGAAGCUGAGCCAAGAGCUGAUGGGAGUAGAAGGACAACUAGAUAUGAUAUUGAUAUGACCAAGUGCAUUUACUGCGGAUUUUGCCAGGAAGCGUGUCCAGUAGACGCCAUCGUAGAGGUGACCAAUUUGUUCUUCUAAAGUGUUUACUAUACUCGUAGUAAUAAAGAUCAUUUGGUUAAUUUUCUAGGCUGCAUACCGAGCUUUCAUUAACGUAACUUUCAGUUGAUACUAUUACUGUUCAUUUCACAACAUCAAAAUCGAAAUCUACUAGGAAAUAAUUGGUAAUACUUUGUGAAGGUUUUAAGUGAAGAACUAAUAGUUGACUUGUGGAAUCUCCCUUGUGAGUUGACUUUCAUAAUGAGGGAAAUGUGUUUAUUCAGUGGCUGAUCUAGCAAAACUUUUGCUGAAUUUUACUGUUCGUUUAGUAAGCCCUGGUUUUUUCAAAGCGUCGUGUUCAUAUCCAAAUUUUGAGUUCAACAACAUGAUGUAGCCCUUUCAAGAGCUAUAUCCAUAACGUCUCGGGCGGCAUAUGAACACUUACUAGUGUAUUACUCGGAAUGAUGGAAUUUCCACCCUACCCUUUGGUAAUUUUAAAGCAUUAGGAAAUUUACACACAAAACAACGUAUGGCUAGUUUAAUAGAACUUUUGACCCUGCGAAUCGGCCACUAGACUCGUGCAGAUUACAUCACACAUUCAUUUUCACCUUUUCUGACUUCGUCAAUUAUCCACUUAUGAUCCUAUUUGUUACAUCUUUAUUUCACAUUCGUUUGGCAGGUGACUAAAGUGCUAUUGUCAGUUUCACAUUCAACUUAGAUACCAAGUGAACCGCAUCCAUCUGUCAUAUCCUUGAUCUCAAAAAUAAAACCACUUCAUAUCUUUCUUUCUACGAACCAAUUCUUUCUUCUUGUACUAUAUCUCUAUAUGCAAUCUUUCUCUUAUAUAUUACCACCUUUGACCUAACCACUGCUAUGAAUCCGGUGUUCAUCUUGCUGUGCUGAUGCGGUAUGGCAACCUGGACCGAUGCACAUAUGUGCCUGGUCCUACGUUGUAGCUGACUGACUGGCUGAAUUAAAAAUCCUUACUCAUAAGUUUUCACCCACUUUAAAUGCAUCAGCAGAAAUUCGAGAUUUGGUUCGUCAGUAUCUUCAUUCCACAGAUUGUUUUGUCUUGUUACUUUAAAGUUGGUCGGUUAGUUUAAAUCAUUAGGUAGAAAAGUCUAACAAGAAAAAGUAAUUAGACAAGCCUCAGUAGUUAUAAAUCUUAUGGUUCAUUUGCACAUUUUAAUUUCAUCAUUACAUCAGCAUAACUGUAUUGUGAAGUCUAAAACAGUAGUUUUAAUAUUAAAAGAUAUGAUUUUUAAAAAUACAAUUCCUCUUUAAGCUCGAUGGGGUGUCAAAAAUGAGUAGUUUUAGAUUUCAGGAAUUGCAAGUCUAAAACACGAGUUUAGGUGUUUUAUAGUCUUGCAUUUAUUUUAUCAAAUGUAGCAAGUUAGACUAAUGCGUUACUGUGAAAGCUAUUACUCUGUUCAGUCUAACUUCCUCUGUAAAAUGAAUGGAUUUUUACUAGAAGGAUAUGAUUUUUUGACAGGUUAUGUCAAUUUAACUGUAAUCUUAACAACUGUUCGUGUGUUAAAGAUGGAACAGUUCUAAGCACACUUCUCUGAUAGAUAGAUAAAUAAGUUGUAUAAACCACCAGACUACAGCUUAGGCAUAGAGGCUCUUCGAUAUCUCGAAGAAAAUCGAUGUCACGAGAAAAUUCACUACCUUUUAAAAUGAGUUGGAAGCUUAAUUUUUCUAACCUCCCACUUCCCAAACUCUUUUGUGGUCUAUGGAUGGCGUUGUUACUUUCGAUUGAUUCCCAACUAAGAUAACUAAUUUUCUAGUUUGUUUUCUCUUCUGAAUUUCAGGGACCGAACUUCGAAUAUUCUACUGAAACACAUGAAGAAUUACUAUAUAAUAAAGAAAAAUUGCUGCAAAAUGGUGAUAGAUGGGAAGUCGAAAUCUCAGAAAACCUAAAAGCAGAUUAUGUGUAUCGAUGAAGUAUCAUUUUGUUCAUGUGGUUUGUAAAUGAUUUAAUUCACAGGAUCUAUGCACUACUAAUUUCAUAUUUAAACAACUAAUAUCAACUUUUCUCAUAUGUUAGAUUGUUAACGAAUUCAAGACAGCUGGUUAUUCCUAGGUACAUUGAUUUAGAAUAAAAUAGAGCUUUUGGCUUUGUCCUAGU